CCUAACGCCGAGAGCAGAUGAGUAUGGUUAGUGGAACUCUGAUCCCGUGGUCCGAUCUUCCCAAAGAACUUGUCAAGAGGAUCAGCAAAGGCCUCGACACCUAUAUUGACGUCCUUCGCCUUCGUGCAGUCUGCACAACAUGGCGUUCCUCAAUUCCUCCUUUCAAGAACUCUCCUUCUUUACCUCUUAAACUACAAGUCCCAAUCCUCCCUGAAUACACGUCCCCUUAUGGACGCAACCCUGAUUUUUAUCUAAUCGAAAGCACUGUUUAUCUUUUCCAACCCCUUGAUGAUGGCGGCACUUCCGUUAAUAAUAAUCCUUCGUCUUCCAGAGGCUGGUUGGUGAAGAUUAUGCAAACAGUAGAUGGAAAAUUGCGCCUUGUCAAUCCACUAAACCACAAAACAAUCCAGGUUUUGCCGGAGGAUGUGCCUAAUAAGGUAUUGAAUUUACUAGACUUCCGCGUUUUUCAAGUUUGUAAAUCUUAUCAUGUCCAAUACGUCGAUCGCUCGAGACCUUGUUUCGAUGAGGAUCACGAUGUAGGGCAUCUUGUUAGUAAAAUUUUGCUAAUGUCUACCAACUAUGCCUGUAGUAGCACUAGGGCCAAUCAUUAUUUUUCUCUAAUGGCAAUUCAUAGUUGGGGUCAGUUAUGUUACUUUAAAUCGGGGGACGAGAAGUGGACUAAGUUAAAAGAUAGGAGUUGCGAGAUUGACGAUAUCAUUGUGUAUAAGGGGGAUUUUUGUGCUGUUAAUCGAUAUGGCGAGACCACAAAAUUUGAUUCCUUGCUUAAUGAGACCAAGGUAGCUUCCAGGUUACAUAACACUGGGGGUAAGAAGUACCGACUUGUGGAAUCAAGUGGCCAAUUGUUUCUGGUUGACAUGUCUUCUUGGUUGGAUACCAUUAAUGAAAUUAAAUUGUACCGGCUAGAUGAACAACAACAUGAGUGGACUAUAGUGCAUACAUUGGGUGAUCGGAUUUUCUUCGCUGGUGAUGACUGUUGUUUCUCUGUUUCUGCAAAAGACUUUGGUGACUGCAGAGGGAAUUGUAUUUAUUACACAGCGGGAGGUAUACAUAUGGACAUCUUGAAGGAGGAUGGUGAUUGUGACCGUCGCGGUGGUUGGUAUAGCGCAUUUAGUCGUGGCCAUGGUCCAUCUUUUGUCCCUUCUGGGAUUACUUUUGGGCAUCCUGUGAUUAGCAGCAAUGCUGAUGACAAGAACGAGGGUGGUAGCAAAUCAGGUGGUCUUAGUGAGGAACUGGUACAUAAAUAUAAAGGAUUACAUGGUCAUAGCGCGGGUGUGUUUAACAUAGAAGAUGGUAAGCUUGGAUCAUUGUUAUCCUUCCUUGAAUAUGCAGAUAUUUUCUGGCCACCACCAUCUUGGCUUAAUCGUCAGGAUCAGGAAAUCAAGACUAAUAAACAGGAAGUUGCUGAGUCGUGAUCAUUUUAUUUACAUGAAAAUAUGCGUAUCCUAGACUAAUUAUCUUUCUUCCUUAUCUUUGUCGUUUCGCCUUUGCGUUUGAUUUCAAA